CUUGUGCCCCUUUCCCCUUCCUGCCCUGCUCCAGGCAGGGAGAGGGGAGCAAAGUGGGGAGACGGAGGAGGAGUUCCCGGUUCUGAACUGUCUCGACUUGCCCUCUGCUGACUGAAGUAAAUGAAACUGAAAGUGAGUCUGAGAGAGUGAGUGGAACUGGGGAGCUGGGGAGUAGUGAGGAGGGAGGGACAGAGAGCCCAGAGAGGUCGUGGGGAAUGGCGGGAAGAGCAAUGCUGGCCCUGUACCUGCUCGGCCCCGGGCUGCUAUGGAUUCCAGGCUGGCAGCCGGUGGAGGCUGGCAUGAAGCUGGGCAAGGUCCACCAGCUGCCCUGCGUCUUGGAGGUGCCCCUGGAUCCCUCCAACAAGGUCCUUGAUGGAGAUCCAGGCCCUCAGCAGCAACAUAUCCAGCUGGUGCUGAGCAGUUCCGAGAGCCAGACCCUGCCCCACCAAGCGGGCAGUGCCACCUUCCUCUUACAGGACAGGGCCGGGGUCCUUCUCCCCCACGUGGACGAGGCCCCGGACCGGCCCGAGUGCACGAUGAGCCGCUAUUUCACGCACGACACGCAGAUCCUGUGGCCCGGCCUCCCGCGGCGCCAGGCCCAGCUGCCCACGUGGUACGUGGUGACCGUCACCCACACGGACGGCGGCUUCAGGAUCAGCGCCUUGUGCUUCCAGCCCGCCGAGCCCGCCCGGGGCCCCGCGCCGGCGCCGCUUUCAGGCGUGUUCUCCCUGCACACCAGGGCCCCCCGAGUGCAGGUGGGGCUCCAGGGCACCGCCCUCCUGGCCUGCGGAUUCUCCGGGGACCACGCCCUCGAGGCCGUGGACGUGACGUGGGAGCUGCGGCAGAAGGGGGGGCAGCGUCGGGAGCUGCUGAAGUACUCCGGGAAGCAGGGCCGGCUGACGCACCUCCACCAGCAGGCCGAGGCCUUCCCGGGCGAGAUUCCCCGCGGCAACGCUUCCAUCCGGCUCGUCCGCGUGGCCGUCGGGGACGCGGGCGUCUACUGGUGCUCGGCCCGCGCGGCCGGGCUCCGCCUGGAGCUGCCCUUCCAAGUGGCUGUUAGCCCCCCAAAGUGAGCCUCAGCCCCCAGAGCCCAGCUCUGACA